UCACCUACCACACACACAUUAUAAGACAGUCCUUUUCAACCAGUACAUCAUAGUACCUUGAGUAUAAACAUAGUAUACUUCCACAUAAGCUCAUAAUUUUUUGGCCAGUGUUUGAGCCAUGAGGUCCAGCUACUCUCUGUUUUUCUCCUUGCUGUUGGUAUCAUACAGCUCUGGUGCCAUCAUCACAGGGUCAUGUGAAAAAGAUUCGCAGUGUGGUGGCGGUAUGUGCUGUGCAGUCAGUUUGUGGAUACGUAGCCUUCGGAUGUGUAUGCCAAUGGGACUGGAGGGAGAGGACUGCCAUCCCAUGAGCCAUAAGGUUCCAUUCAGUGGGAAGAGACUCCAUCACACAUGUCCAUGUUUGCCAAACUUGGCAUGUAUUACUACAGAGGAAGGCAAUUCCAGAUGUGUUUCACCCUUCAAGUUCCAAGAUUAUUAUCUCUGAACAAUAUACAUGCUCAUAAGUGGAAGGCUGU